AUGCAGAAGACAGCAGCAGAGUUCUUCGCGGAGAACAAACACUUCGCUGGUUUCGAGAGCCCCGGUAAGUCUCUCUACACGUCGAUCAGAGAGCUGGUGGAGAACAGUCUCGAUGCAGCAGAAGCCAUCGGCGUCCUUCCUGAAGUCCACAUCAUGAUCGAAGAGAUCAAGAUGGCGACGUUUCGCAAGAUGCACGGCAUGGACGGCAGCGAGAAGAUCGACCUCGACCUUUACAAGAAUGCGGAGGCUGGAGAAAGCUCGGCUCCCCAGAAGAAGCCUGCGGGGAAGAAAGUGAGCGCAAAGGACAUGACAUUCUUCAAGUUGACCGUCACCGACAACGGCUGCGGGAUGAAGCACGAAGAAAUCCCAAAGAUGUUCGGAUCUGUGCUGUCCGGAACCAAAUACGGAGUGAGGCAGGAGCGAGGGAAGUUUGGGCUCGGAUCGAAGAUGGUCUUGAUCUGGAGCAAAAUGAGUACAGGAUUGCCUAUGAAAAUUCGAAGCUCCACCGGAAGCACAAAGCCAAUCUCAGUCGUCAAACUUGAUCUUGACAUUCAUGCCAAUGCCCCCAAGGUUCAUCAGCAUGACAAAGAAUCCAACACCAUCGGAUGGCGCGGGUCCCAGGUGGAAGUGACGAUAGGCGGAGAGUUCAGCAAGUACAAGGGCUAUAUUGUGAAGUACUUGAGAGAGAUGGCAGUUAUCACUCCAUAUGCUCGUUCCAAGUCUUUUCAGAUCAUUCAUUCACGAAGAAGUGAAAACAUGCCGCCGCCUCCCUGCAAGGCAAAGGUGCACCCGUCUGCACUGGAUAAUCAGAUGAUGGAAAAUCUUAUAAAUCAAUCAUAUCAGAAAGUUUUGCUACGCUUCUUGACAGCGGAACUGGAUUCUGUGGACACAAAUCUGGCGAAGCGAAUGAUAGAUGAAUUUGGUUCAGAAUUCUCUUAUGAAAUGCCCAUCACCUCCAUCGAUAGCAGCAAGAUUCGAAAAAUUGUUGAUAAAAUACUUCAAUUCGAAUUCGACCCGCCAAGUGGUGCAGUCCUCAGUCCUGCAGGGGAAUAUAAUCUACAUCUUGGAGUCAUGAAGGAAAUGAAACCAGACCUAAUUGCGACAAGCACUCCAGAUGUGACGGUUGUCGAUGGACAUCCUGUGAUCGUUGAAGCUGCUGUGUCGCUUGGUGGAAGAAAAGCAAAGGAAGGCAUUACGGUGCACAGAUUCGCCAACAGAAUUCCUAUGCUCUUUCAGGGCGGAAACGAUGUUUCAGUGAAGACGGCAAAUACACGUAUCAACUGGAAAUCUUAUCGUAUGGACAAGAAUAGCCAUAAAAUUGGAGUGUACAUCAGCAUCUGUAGCACAAAAAUCCCAUAUGGAGGGCCAAACAAGGAAUAUAUCGGAGAUGAGAAUGAAGAUCUGCAGAGAGCUGUGAAAGAGGCGAUCAUGAAGUGCUGCCUCCAGUUGAAGUCACGUCUCGCGAGGCAAGAAGCCAUGAAGAAUCAAAGAGAAAGGAAGAAGAACUUAGAGAAGUACAUCCCUUCCGUCUCGAGAGCUCUCAUUGGAAUGUUGCAAUCCAUCAGUCAAGACACUUCCCCAGCAGCUGGGAGGGAACCGGAUGUGCAGAAGGUUCUGGAAAUGCUGAAACAAAAGGAGGUGUCUGAGGAGAUUUUACAACACCGCCUUCGAACUUUUGUAGAGGAAGCUGACAUGGAACAGGUUGCGAAACGUUUGAUAGAUUUCCGUAUUGAUCAGUUGCACACAGGCAAUGGGAGGAUCCGUGAAGAUGCGUUCCUCUGCCUUUUGAAUCAGGCUAGGAAAUUCGAGAGAGAUGUGCAUAGCACUACAUCAGUUUUCCGGUUUCUCAUGUGA